UUUUUUAAUUUCACUUAAAUGUCAACUUUUGUUUAUAAGUCGAAACAAAAGACGAUAGCGAAAAAAAACGGACCCGUGAAUGUGUCUCUUAGUUUUGGAGAUCGUCUAUUCGGACAUCCAAAAUGCAGCUCCCAGUCUAUUAUUAAAAAAAAAAAAAUUCUAAAAAUAAUGCUAAAAAUUGUUGAACUGGAUUGAAAAUGGUCUUGUCCUUAAUUACUAACGCGCUAGAAAAAUUUAAAAUGUGUAAUUGAAACUCCGCGUGUGGCAAGUGUGUGUUCGUCAAAUAAUUGCGAUGCCAAUGAGAAAAGAAAACUCGAAAAAAUGCAAUUUUGUUGGACCACGUCAGAGUGACAGCCCGUCAUGCCCCCACCUUUGCGUUCUCUCCUUGGCGUGAACUACGUGUUCUCCAACGGUUCGAUAACGCUUUCGGGCACGUUUCCAUCCGCACGACCUCCUCAGUUCACCCGAAAUGCGCGACAAUGUCCCCCACGUUCCUCGUUCUCCUGGUGCUUUGCACGCCUAGUCUUUGCUACUUUGACCCCCCGAAAGACUCGUGCUUCUGCCAAUUGAGCGGCAACAUCGACGAGUGCUCGUGCAACAUCAACACCGUCGACCACUUCAACAACAUCAAAGUCUACCCGCGCUUGCGGAGCCUUUUGCGCAAAGACUACUUCCGCUUCUUCAAAGUGAACCUGAAGCGCGAGUGCCCCUUCUGGCACGACGACAGCAAGUGCGCCAUGAAGUACUGCCACGUGCUGCCGUGCGGAGAGGGGGAAGUCCCCCAAGGAAUCAAAGGCGAAGGUGGGCGCAGUGACGAGGCGAAGUGCGAGGACAAGCAACUCGACUACUUGAACACCACGAUCAGUGAGAAGAUGCGGGAGGAUUUGGUCAUGUGGACGGCCUAUGACGACGCUCUCGACGAUUUUUGCGUCAAGGACGACAAGGACGAGGAGGCGGAAUACGUGGAUUUGCUGCUGAACCCUGAACGGUACACAGGGUAUAAAGGAACGUCGGCGAACAGAAUCUGGAAUUCGAUUUAUUUGGAGAAUUGUUUCCGGCCGAAAACCUUCUACAGUCUCUAUAUCCCCAGCCAUAUGCUCAGUAACAUGUGUCUGGAGGAACGGGUGUAUUAUAGGGCCAUUUCUGGCCUACACUCGAGUAUCAAUAUACAUUUAUGUGCGAACUAUUUGUUAUCAAAUUCGGGCUUAUCGCUCGCUAACCCCAAAGGUGAGUGGGGGCCCAAUUUGAAAGAAUUCCAACGGCGUUUCUCCCCAGAGACAACGAACGGAGAGGGCCCCCAUUGGCUGCGAAACCUGUAUUUCGUCUAUUUGCUUGAAUUGAGGGCUCUGGCCAAAGCGGCCAAGUAUUUAGAACACGAAAAAUACUACACAGGCGACGAAAUGGAGGAUUUCGACACGCAAAUGGCCGUCAAAGACCUGCUGAAUGUAGCCCAGCAAUUCAGCGGUCAUUUCGACGAGUCGUCCAUGUUUACCGGAAGUGCGCAGGCCAAAAGACUCAAAACCGAGUUCAAAGAGCACUUCCGGAACGUGACCCGGAUUAUGGAUUGUGUCGGUUGUGACAAGUGCAAAUUAUGGGGGAAACUGCAAACGCGGGGCUUAGGCACAGCUUUGAAGAUCCUUUUCUCGCAAAACCUCAACCACAAGUUGUUCCGGCUGCAGAGGGAGGAAAUCGUCGCGCUGUUCAACGCUUUCGGCCGCCUGUCCACCAGCAUCUACAAGCUGGACGACUUUCGGCAAAUGCUGCGAGGGCACGACGAGUUGUAAAUCAGUAUUUUGAACUGUGAUUACGUAAUUGUGAAGACUUAUAACUGUGUGUGGCUCCACAUCACAAUCGUUUUCGUUUGUACUUCCAUAUAUUUUUUGAAUUAUUUAUUGCAAUAAAAACGAACUGAAUUGAAAA